CUCCUGUAUUUCUGAUUGUUCCCGGCCUAAGCUAGGUUGCUACCCCUGCUUUCCUCCUACUCUCUCCGAGAUCCAGAAGCAGGCUCGGAGUGAGGCUCCCACUCGAGGUCGGCUGCACAUCUUGGGAAUAAGCUGUUUCCACAGAUCCGGCCUGGUCUUCCCCCAGAAAACUAUGUUUCCCUAAGAAACAGGAACAGGGAGCCAUAUUCGCGCCACAGAUUGAUUCGUGCAGCAAGAGCUUCUGGGAAAUGUAGUCCGAAACCGGAAAAAGGCGUCGCACCGCCUCAACGGAAGGAAGGUAGUCUUAACUGACUUUCUUGGCUCCGCCUGGUCCUGCCGCAGUGAAGAGUGCCGACGCGCCCCGAGUCUCCUAGGAGUCUUUGUGACUAACUAGAGUGCGUGGGUGAGAGUGGCACGGGAGCAGCGCGGCGAGGGAGGUGGAAGCUGGGUGUCUCAGACCCGAGCCGCACCAGGGAAACUGAAGAAGCGUAAUCCCGGAAACCGAAAGGGGGCUGAUGGGGCGAGGAUUUUCCAGAGCGUCCAGCUGUGUGUGUAUUGAUCGCGAGGGAGGAGCGGGUGGUGCUGAGGAGAAUUCCGAUAUGCGUAAGGCCGUAGGUGGAAUUCGGGGUUGGUGAUGAUUGGGGAUAUGGCUAUAGACUUCUCUCAAGAGGAGUAGAAUAUCUGGACUUGAAACAGAGGAACUUGCACAGAGAUGUGAUGUUGGAGAAACAGCAAUGUGGUCACAUUGGGUAAGGACUCUGUUUCUAAGUCAGCUUUGAUCUCCUUUUUGGAACAAGGUAAAGAGGCCUGGAUUGUUGAGAGAGACACACAAGGCCUAUACCCAGGGAUCAGUGUCCUUCAGGGAUGUGGCUGUAGAUUUCAGCAGAGAAGAGUGGCAGCACCUGGACCUUGCUCAGAGAAACCUUUACCGGGAUGUGAUGCUGGAGACCUACAGCAACCUGCUCUCAGUAGGAUAUCAAGUUCCCAAAUCAGAGGUCUUCAUAUUGGAGCAAAGAAAGGAGACAUGGGAAUUGCAGGGUGAGAGCCCAUGUCAUAGCUCUCCAGAAGAAAUGCAGAAGAUUGGGGACCAGACAGAGAGCUAUCAGAAAAAAGAAAACAAAUCUUUAAGUCAUAUUACUUGCAUCAAGAAAACACUGAAUACAGAGAGGGCAUAUGAAUAUACAGACAUUGAAAAAGUAAUUCAUAUUAACUCAAACCUUAUUCCCUCCCAAAAAAGACCUCAACGAUUCAACUCACUUGGAAAUGACUUGAAGCAUAAUUUAUAUUUACACAGUCAUAAGAGAAACAACUCAUCAAAAAACUUAAAUACAAUUGCUGAAUAUGGUAACAUUUCUUUCUAUACUGAUCAUGACAAUACUUCAAUUUAUGGAAAAGUUUUCAGGUUUAAACAAGCACCUUCUCAACAUGAGGAAGUUCAUAGUGACAAGAAACUCUAUGACUGUGCCAAAUUAGGAAAGGUUUUCACUCAGAAGAUACAAUUCAAGGUACAUCUAAACAUUCCUACAGGAGAAAAACUAUAUGUAUGUAUUGAAUGUGGGAAAGCUUUUGUACAGAAGCCAGAAUUCAUUACGCACCAGAAAAUCCAUUCUAGAGAGAAGCCCUACAAGUGCAGUGAAUGUGGAAAAGCCUUUUUCCAAGUAUCUUCUCUCUUCAGACAUCAAAGAAUUCAUACUGGAGAAAAACUUUAUGAAUGCAGUGAAUGUGGUAAAGGCUUCUCUUAUAACUCUGAUCUCAGUAUACAUCAGAAAAUUCAUACUGGAGAGAGACACCAUGAAUGCAGUGUUUGUGGCAAAGCAUUCACACAAAAGUCCACACUCAAGAUGCAUCAGAAAAUUCACACAGGAGAGAGAUCCUAUAUAUGUAUUGAAUGUGGACAGGCCUUCAUCCAGAAGACACACUUGAUUGCACAUAGAAGAAUUCACACUGGAGAAAAACCAUAUGAAUGUUGUGACUGUGGGAAAUCCUUCACUUACAAAUCACAGCUCCAGGUACAUCAACGAAUUCACACAGGAAUAAAUCCUUAUAUGUGUACUGAAUUUGGGAAGGUCUUUAACAACACUUCUAAUCUCAUUACACUUAAGAAAGCUCAAAUUAGAGAGAAAUCUUCCAUAUGUACUGAAUGUGGGAAGGCCUUUGCCUACAGGUCAGAGUUGAUUACACAUCAGAGAGUUCAUACUGGAGAAAAACCUUAUGAAUGCAGUGACUGUGGAAAAGCCUUCACUCAGAAGUCAGCUCUCACUGUACAUCAGAGAAUUCAUACAGGAGAAAAGUCAUAUAUAUGCAUGAAAUGUGGGUUGGCCUUCAUCCAGAAGGCACAUUUGAUUGCACAUCACAUAAUUCAUACUGGAGAGAAACCUUAUAAAUGUGGUCACUGCGGGAAAUCCUUUACUUCCAAGUCACAACUCCAUGUGCAUAAACGAGUUCACACAGGAGAGAAACCCUACAUGUGCAGUAAAUGUGGAAAGGCCUUCACCAACAGGUCAAAUCUCAUGACGCAUCAGAAAACUCACACAGGAGAGAAAUCCUAUAUAUGUCCUAAAUGUGGAAAGGCCUUCACUCAAAGAUCAGACUUGAUUACACAUCAGAGAAUUCACACUGGUGAGAAACCUUAUGAAUGCAGUGACUGUGGAAAAGUGUUCACCCAGAAGUCACACCUCAGUAUACACCAAAAAAUCCAUACUGGAGAGAGACAGUAUGAAUGCCAUGAAUGUGGGAAAACCUUCAACCAGAAAUCAAUACUCAUUGUGCAUCAGAAAAUUCAUACAGGAGAGAAACCGUAUGUAUGCACUGUGUGUGGAAAAGCCUUCAUCCGGAAGUCAAACUUCAUUACCCAUCAGAGAAUUCAUACUGGAGAGAAACCCUAUGAAUGUAGCGACUGUGGGAAAUCCUUCACUUCCAAGUCACAGCGCCAGGUGCAUCAACAAAUUCACACAGGAGAGAAACCUUAUGUGUGUGCUGAAUGUGGGAAAGCCUUUAGUGGCAGGUCAAAUCUUAAUAAACACCAAAAAACUCAUUCUGGAGAAAAGCCCUUUAUCUGCCCUGAAUGUGGGAAGUCCUUCAGACAAAAGUCAGAGUUAAUUACCCACCAGAGAAUUCAUACUGGAGAGAAACCUUACAAAUGCAGUGACUGUGGGAAAUCUUUCACGAAGAAAUCACAGCUCCAGGUGCAUUGGCGUAUUCACACAGGAGAGAAGCCUUAUGUGUGUGCUGAUUGUGGGAAGGCCUUCACUGACAGGUCAAAUUUGAAUAAACACCAGAAAACGCACACUGGAGACAAACCCUUCAAGUGUGUUGUCUGUGGGAAAGGUUUCAUUCAGAAAUCAGUGCUCAGUGUGCAUCAGAGUAUUCACUCUUGAAAAAAACAGUAUGAGAAUGAGGUCAGGGCUCAUUAUACAUUAUUGAAUUCAUGCAACAGGAAAUUAGGUAUAUUACUGAAGGUAGAAAUGCCUUUGUCAAGAUGUCACAUGUUCAGGAGGUGAUCUACAAGACAGCAGUGAAUGAGGGGAGCCUUCCCACAUUGUCACUAAUCUCAUUAAACCUUGGGCAUUCAUACAGGGAAGGAACUGAGUUAACUUGAUGCAUUAGAAAAAGCUUUUCCAUGAAAAAUAUGAUGGGCCAUUGAUACCAGAUUGUUCCUGGGAAAUAUUAUAUUAAAUCAUGUUGAUAGUCCUGCUUACUGUGGAAUAGGUAUAGUACCAUAAAUUGAAUGGUAGAACAACAUAAUGUGUAUGAUAGGGACUAACCCUAAGUUCUUUGGGGUAUUUAUUGCAGAACACAUUGUCUAAUGGGGUUGUGGAUGUGUUUUCAUUCUGUUGAACACAGUUGUGUGUAUCCAAUUCCCUACUGAAAUUUCCAUAAAGUAAGAGAUACCACAAUAAAAAAAAAUUUUAGUAUACUGAUAUAAACCUCACAGUCUGUUGAGACCCCCACAUUAACCCCUAGCACCAUGACUUGAGACCCUCAGCAUUAGCCACCAAUAGAGUCUCUUCAAUCCUCAUGAACCCCUAGCACAUUGUCUUCUGAUCCCCAAUUUGGGCACAAUACCUGAUGACUGCCCAGAAGUAAUCUUCUGUUGAAACCCGGACAUUUUUAUAGUGUAAUGUGUUAUCACUGGGAUUUGGACUCAGAGAUAUCUGUUCCUUAAGCUUGUAUCCAGCUAGUGUUAUGGCAGAGCGUUCCUUGAAUUUCAGGAACUAACAGAAAAGGAAAAAACAAAAAUACCUUUCCUCGUCUUUGCAUACAGACCUAUGUGGGCAUUCUCCUUCAGGGCUUAUCCAUAAUGAUACAAGGCCAAACACAGGGGCCUCCCUGUUCCCUUCUAGGCAUGUGUCUUGUCUUAGGCCCUGUAUGUUGCCCUAGGAAUCCCCCCAUUUAUAUAUAUAUAUCCUCUUCCCUAGGAAACAGUUUCCUCACAGUCCUGGACCUUACACUGUACGUCUUACAGCCAGUAAUCCCUUGCCGCAGACAACCAUGACAUGACUGAGUUCCCACGUGUUCUAUAGUAGAGCACUGUGAGCUGCCUUCUAAAUGCAGUGCAAGUUCUGAGACGGCAGCCCAUAACAAGUGUCCUGAUCCAUCCCUCAGGCCGCCAAGAGAGUUGCCAGGCCAGACAUAUAUACUGUGUAUGGGGGUUACUCUGUUUCCUCCAGAACUGAGACCAGGGACCCACACUGGGAACAGGCUCCAUACUGAGCUGCAAGGAGAUGGGAGAGGGGCCAACGAGGGUGGCACUAGAUCUUAGUGAUUUUAAGUGACCUUUUUCUGGAUUUGGCACUUGCCCUAUUGCUGCAAGCCUUGAACUGUUUACUAGAACUUUGAGAAAGAUGUUUGUGCUAAUUCUUGCCGGUUGUUCAGUUUCUGCAGGAGAGUGAAACUUCACACUCUGCCAUCUUAUCCAUGCCUGCCCAUUAGUGCUAAACACAACGUCUGCUAUCUUUAUCUCCCACAUAGUGUCUCCUGACCCCCACGUAGCCCCCAGCAUAGUGUCUUGUGAACUCCCACAACUCUCAGGAGAGCUUCUGAGGCAACAAGAAUUUUCAGGUCACCUGGGUCAACUGUUCAGUAUCCCUUCUGCUGUAAGUCAUGACCCAUUUCUUUCUUAAUAAUCUUUAUAAUAAAAAUAGCAAAUUAAUAACUCAUAACAAACCCAAACAUACAUUCACUGCCUGCUCUGUGUCCAUCUUCAUGUCAUACACUCCACAAUGACCUUCUCCAUAUACCUCAAACACAUCUCUUCCAUACUCUCUGAAAAGGAGCACCACUUCUCCUUAUGUCUAUGGUUCACUCCCUGACUCCUUCCUCCAAUGUUGCCAUCCUCACAGAGGCCUUCCCUGCCUGGUUUAAAAUUUCACACCCCACCCUCCCUCCUUUAUCCUUCACCAUAGUGCUUACAGCCAUGAUGCACCAUUUAUUUAGCUUAUUUGUCUAUCUCCCCCACUAGAAUGUUUUCUGCCUAUUUUGUUCACUGCUGUGAGCCUAAAUCCACACCUGCCGUUACAGCUGGCAUAUUGUGGAUUUUGACCACUACUCAUCCCAUGACUUCCCUCUGCUCCUUUCUAUUUUGUAGCCUAAGAGGCUCCAGUGAGGAGAACCAACUUGCCUAAAAUACAUCAGGCUCUUUUACCUCCUGUUUUUAUCUGGCUGUGCCCCCUUCCCUAGAGCUGAAAAGUUGUAAACUGUUGGACCUGAUGCCAGCUCAUUUAAAGAAGGGAAAAUUGAGAUACAGGAAACCUUGUGGAUGCUUGAUAUAGCAAGAUACCCUGCCAGCAUGCUGAAAUCCCACUGUCAGCUCAAAAGUGAUUGGAAAAAGGCCUACUCACUCUGCCCUUGUACUUGCAUUUGUUAGAAAGAGCCCUGUUCACCCCAGAACCCACCCUACAGAUGUGCACGUCAGGCCCUGACUGGUGGUGCUUGUGGAGUGCUCAGUCCUGCAGAGGCAAUAGGGAGGGGCCAAGCCUCAAGGGGGAGGGGGAAGUAGUGGCCUCAAAUGCAGGCAGGAUUUCUACCAGAAUGCUAGCUGUUGGGCAACCCCACUGGAACCAACAGAGUGACCAUCCCCAGACAAAUACAUUGGUGAUGCCUGGAGUAGGAUGGUCUCACUUUUAUGAAUGGCAGCAUGCCUGGGCAGAAACAUGGGCAGGGCAGGGGCACCACCAAGGGACAAUUUGGCAGAGGAGGGGUUGCCACACAUAUCCCCAGUUGUGGUUUCUGCCUCAGUAACAUCUCUGACAAUGCUCAGCAAUACUACCAUUAGGCCACCUUAGAUCAAUGUGAUCUAUCAUUAGGUACCCUUCUCACCCCUUCACAGUAUCUAAUGAUUAACUGCACACCCUACCCCCACUUAAAACAAUGUCUGGUAACCCUGUGUUACCCCUUUUUAUCUCACCCCAGCACUGUAUCUGGGGCUUCACUACGAGUCACCCAGUUUAGGAAAAUGUGACCAACAUUAUGCCCCAACUUAAAACAAUGCUGCCUCCCCAGGCAAAUGUCUAGAGCUCCCCCAUACCCCUUCUUAACCAUGCCAGCACAAUCUGGACACACUCCAUUUAUCCCACUUUUACCUUUGGUAAUAUGUGUGCCAUCCCUCAUAUAUUCUGAGGAAUGGUUCCUAGAGCUCUCAUUAUGUCUUCUCCUACAACCCCAUUCCAGAUUCAGUUCACUUCAAGAAGCCCCUCAGUCACCCCUGGCUGCUGCUUCUUGACCAAAAGGGGGAAGUGGAAUGAAAUAAAAUAUUCAAUGGCUGAGAGAUGUCAAAUGGAGUCGAGAGGUCACUCUGGUGGGCAACUUAUGCACUAUAGA